GCGGCGGCGGCGGCGAGGGCGCGCUCACCUGGGCGCCGCUCCAUGGGCUCCGCCGCCGCGCACGGCGGGGGCGCGGCGCUGCGAGCCGGCCGCCGGAGCUGCUGCGGGGCAGAGCCCAGGUGACCAUGCGGGGGAUCCGGGCUCGCCCGCCGCACGCUUCGGGGAGCAGGUAGCACGCCAGGUGCACGGCGGAACAUGGACUGUCUCCUGCUUGUCGUCUGGACUUUACCUGUUGCGAUUCUCAGCGGCAGCUCCAUGCAAUUCCCGACUCUCCCGUGGCUUGGAAGCCCUGUAAAGGCAGGUCGAGAGCACUUUCUUUUGCAGUCGCCUAGUGUACUUUCAUACCAGGUUACUGCACAGUUUCUGGUGCCUUGUCUUUCUGCCUUCCCUUGUCAAGUAAAUCUCGCCCAAUACUCCUUUUCUUUCUCUUUUUUUUUUUUUCUCUUGCAGACCCUUCAGCUGUGCUGCCUCUGUUGCAUGUCUCAUGCAGCAACUUUAACCAGUGACAGCAUCAGUGAAUUGAAUCAUGAUUAUGUAUUUGUGACACCUGUCAAAGUGGAUUCCAGUGGAUCGUACAUUUCACAUGAUGUUUUGCACAGUACUAGGAGAAAGAGAUCAACUCAGAGUUCAAAGAGUUCCUUGCACUACAAAUUUUCAGCAUUUGGACAGGAACUUCACUUAGAACUUAAACCUUCAACCAUUUUAAGCAACAGUUUUAUUGUCCAGGUACUCGGGAAAGAUGGAGUCUCAAAUUCUCAGGAACAUGAAAUCGAGCAGUGUUUCUACCAGGGAUUUAUAAGGAAUGAUAGCACCUCUUCAGUAGCAAUAUCUACAUGUGUAGGCUUGUCAGGUUUGAUAAGGACACGGAAGAUCGAGUUCCUUAUAUCUCCAUUACCUCAGCAGCUAGCACAGGAGCACAACUACACAUCACCUGCUGGACACCAUCCUCAUGUAUUAUAUAAACGAACUGCAGAAGAGAAGGUGCACCGGUACACAGUAGAGUCCAAUCCCAAACACUUUUCUUUUGGUCAUCACAGAAUUCACACUUCCCACAAGUAUGCUCAAGCGAAUGGUUACCACCAUGGAAGGUUUCAAAAGCAACAUUUUUGUGGACGUCGCAAGAAAUAUGCACCUAAGCCACCCACAGAAGAGACAUACAUUCGCUCAGAUGAAUAUGGGACUUCUGCAAGGUUCAAAAGAUCAUCUGCUAAAAUUCAGAAAAAUGGAAGUCUAAAUGUUGAAACCCUUGUUGUGGCAGAUAAAAGAAUGUUGGAGAAACAUGGCAAGGAAAAUGUAACAACGUACAUCUUAACAGUUAUGAAUAUGGUCUCUAGUCUAUUUAAAGAUGGAACAAUUGGAAGUGAUAUAAACAUUAUCGUUGUGAGCCUUCUUCUUUUGGAACAUGAGCCUGGUGGAUUACUGAUUAACCACCAUGCGGACCAGUCACUGAACAGCUUCUGUCAAUGGCAAUCUGCUCUGGUUGGGAAGAAUGGAAAGCGCCAUGACCAUGCCAUCUUGCUUACGGGUUUUGAUAUCUGCUCUUGGAAAAAUGAGCCCUGUGAUACUUUAGGAUUUGCACCUAUCAGUGGCAUGUGCAGCAAAUACCGUAGUUGCACCAUUAAUGAAGAUACAGGCCUUGGACUGGCUUUUACAAUUGCUCAUGAAUCAGGACACAACUUUGGUAUGAUUCAUGAUGGAGAAGGAAAUCCUUGUAGAAAAGCUGAGGGUAAUAUUAUGUCUCCCACACUCACAGGAAACAAUGGAGUGUUUUCUUGGUCUGUAUGCAGCAGGCAGUAUCUCAACAAAUUUCUCAGUACAGCUCAAGCUGCCUGCCUGAUUGAUGAACCUAAGCAAACAGGACAGUAUAAAUACCCUGACAAACUGCCAGGGCAGAUCUAUGAUGCUGAUACCCAGUGCAAAUGGCAAUUUGGAAUGAAAGCAAAACUGUGCAACCUCAGCUUUGUAAAGGAUAUAUGCAAAUCUCUCUGGUGUCACAAAGUGGGUCAUAGGUGCGAGACAAAGUUCAUGCCAGCAGCAGAAGGAACAGCUUGUGGUAUAAGUAUGUGGUGUCGAAGAGGACAGUGUGUCAAAUAUGGUGAUCAUGGACCCAAGCCUGUAAAUGGCCAAUGGUCUGCCUGGUCUGAGUGGUCAGAGUGUACUCGCACUUGUGGAGGUGGGGUCACAUAUCAAGAAAGACACUGCAAUAAUCCAAAGCCACAAUAUGGCGGCAAAUUCUGCCAAGGUUCCAGCCGUAUUUAUCAACUUUGUAAUAAUCAGCCAUGUCCAGCAAAUAGCUUGGACUUCCGUGCCCAGCAGUGUGCAGAAUACAACAGCAAACCUUUCCGGGGAUGGUACUACAAAUGGAAACCAUAUACUAAAGUGGAAGAGGAAGACAGAUGUAAAUUGUAUUGCACAGCAGAAGACUUUGACUUUUUCUUUGCAAUGUCCAGCAAAGUGAAGGAUGGAACUCUGUGUUCUCCAAAUACAUACGAUGUUUGCAUUGAUGGAAUAUGUGAACAAGUAGGGUGUGAUCAUGGACUUGGUUCCAAAGCUGUAUUGGAUGCUUGUGGAGUUUGUAAAGGAGAUAAUUCAACGUGCAAGUUCUUUAAAGGCCAAUACUUGAUCCAGCACAAAGCUAAUGACUACUAUGCUGUGGUCACUAUUCCAGCAGGAGCACGCAGUAUACAGCUCCACGAAAUGCAAAUCUCCACCAGCUACCUUGCAGUGCGCAACCUCAGUAAAAAGUAUUACCUGACAGGAGACUGGACAAUUGACUGGCCAGGAAAGUUCUCUUUUGCUGGAACAGUUUUUGAUUAUCAACGCUCUUUUAACCAUCCAGAGAGUCUAUAUGCAGCAGGACCAACUAAUGAGACGCUGGUCUUUGAAAUCCUGUUACAAGGCAGAAAUCCUGGGAUUGCUUGGGAAUAUACAUUUUCCAAAACCAACAAUGAAAACAAGACAUCUGUCAAAAAACAUAGCUACUCCUGGGUGACAGUGCAGUCAGAGUGCUCAGCUACUUGUGGUGGUGGACACAUUACAGCAAAAGCAGUUUGUUUAGAAGAUCAUCGUACACGGGUUAAUUCCUCCUUUUGUGGCCCAAGGACGAAGCCUAUGACUGAAACAAAACUAUGCAAUACUAAUCCCUGCCCAGCAUACUGGUCAACAGGCGAAUGGAGUGCAUGCAGCAAAUCUUGUGGAGGAGGGCAACAAAGUCGUCUCAUUCAGUGUGUCCAGAAAAGGGCUUUCCAAAGAGAGGAGGUAGUGGCCCAUUCCCUGUGUCCUGUCAGCACCCCUACACAGGUGCAGAUGUGCAAUAGUCAGGACUGCCCACCUGAAUGGAGCCCCGGCCUAUGGUCUCAGUGCUCCAAGACUUGUGGGAGAGGUGUUAAGAAACGGGAUGUCUACUGCAAAAGUACCGGUUCUCCCAAGGUUAAAAUCUUGCCUGACAGUAUGUGCAGCAGAGACCAUAAACCUGAAUCCCAGCAGACCUGUGUGCUAGGACGCUGCCCCAAAAAUGACCGACUCCAGUGGGUGAUUUCUUCUUGGAGUGAGUGCUCAGCCUCCUGUGGCCCAGGUGUACAAAAGCGAGAACUAAAAUGUGGUGAGAAAAGCAUCCAUGGGAAAUUGAUCACCUUUCCACAGAGAAGAUGUAGAAACAUCAAGAAACCAAACACUGACCUGGAAGAAGCUUGUAACAAGGGAGCCUGCCCAUCGCUAACAUUGUAUAACAUGGUGUCGGGCUGGUAUUCCUCACCCUGGCAGCAGUGUACGGUAACAUGUGGAGGGGGAGUGCAAACCCGGAGCGUACAGUGCCUGCGCCAAGGAAGACCAGCUUCUGGGUGCUUGCCCCAUCAGAAACCAGCAGUCCUGAGAGCUUGCAAUACUAACUUCUGCCCAGUCCCUGUGAAAAGAGAUGAUCCUUCCUGUGUGGAUUUCUUCACUUGGUGUCAUCUGGUACCCCAGCACGGUGUCUGUAACCACAAAUUUUAUGGCAAGCAAUGUUGUAAAUCAUGCACGAAGAAGAACUGAUAGCAGCGUGUUACAUGAACCCUUCAGUGACAGGAUUCUCUUCUUCAAUUUAUGUUGGAAUUAACUUUGCUUUGAGGCAAGACAUGGUGCCACAUAAACCACUGAUGGAAGAGACAUUUUUUCUAAGGGAAUGUCUGAGGUACAGUAAUUGUUCAAUAUAUGUUGAAAAAGGAAUGUUUCUUUCUUUUUUUUCUUUAUUUACUGACCUCACUAAAGUACAGGGUACUAUGGAUCACUUGAACACUGAGACUCGAGGGGCAGUUCUUCUUUCUCUAAAAGUGUCAUUUUGCACUGUCAUAUGUUAUGAGGAAGAAAUUAAGGCAAGGAAGCCUUUUCUGGCUAAUUUACCAGAAUGCAAAGCAAAAGAGAUCGGGAGCUCAAGGGGGAAGGUUACAGCACGGCAGCAUGACAGAUCGCACUAUCAAAAGCGUUUCCUUUCCUAUUUUUUUAUGAUCCUAUCGUCCCAGGGUAAGGAAGCUGUUUACUGCCACUUUCACAGAAAGACAUUCAAAUGGCUGUUGUCUGGAGAAUGCAGCGUCACAUGUGUGACCACAAGAAGUAAAUAGUGCACUACAAAGAUAUAUGGUGCUUCUCUAUUAGACUUGCUGCUGGAAAAGCAAGUUUUGCAUUGUGCUAAUGUUUUUAUUGGUUUGAAGAAUUCAUUUUCUGCUUUGUGUAGAAACUCAGAGGUGGUUAACUAGUAACUUGAAAUGUAUUCCUAGAAAUAUUCAGCUUUAGAAUAUUUGGACUUUUAAUAUUGCUGUGUUACAAGUAAAAUAGAAUUCCAUAUUUCAACUAACUAACUCAAGGAACUCAGAUUUACUGAGCUCAAUGGUUAUGUUUUCAACUUUCUAAGCUCAUUAGAUAUGUAAUUUUAAAAUUUAAACUUGAUAUUUUAAAGUAGUUUUUUUCAGAAGCUAGGUUGUUUGAAUGCCAUGAUACUGAAGAAUGUCUUCCUUUUAAUCUUAAAUCUCUCUGCAAAUUUUGAUUCAUCCAUUACCCAAAGGAAGUAACAAGAAUAUUACAGUCCAUUAAUUCAUGCUAAACUUCUCUAAAUAGUUAUUUAUUCGCACAGGUUAUAUGAAAAACAGAAGAAAAAGUAAAAGUGGAUGAUUUACUCUAACCAAAUAAAAGUCAAUUCUAUUUUUAUACAUUCUCCUAAAACUUUUAUUUAGUUCAGAAUCCACCAGCAAACAAAAGAAAUGUAAACAUAAUGCUAUUUGUUAUGAUUCAGUAUCGAGAUGUUCAGUGACACUAUAUAUCAGAUGGUACAAUUUUUAAAGUUUCUGCAUUGAAAAAAUACCCAACCUAUUUGCCAAACCCAUUCUGAGACAGAGCUGUGUUCUACUGUAAUUUUCUGGGGAGUGCCUAUGAGGGACAUAUUUAUCUAAUUCCACCCAAUCCCACAACUUCGUUUGAUGAAUGUAGUUCAGUUUUACUGUUUUUUUAAAGUAUCGUUUCAGCGUAAGAUUAGCCAGCUCAGCACUAAUGCCAGACAGUGGUCAUUUAAAAUUAGCAGUUCCUUCUGCAACAAUUUAAAUUAAAAACAUGUAUUCUGUGAUACUUUAAGAAAUGAUGAUUGGAAACAUAUCUCAACCUACACCGCUCUGUCUUGAUAUUGGACAUUGUAUAAUUAUGACCUUUUUUCUAGGAAAACUACAAGGGGUUUUUUUGUUUCCUUUUUAUAAUUGUGUCCUUUUUAUUAUUUGAUGUAAAAUAAUUAAUUUAUUAAUGCAUAGCUUUUCCUUUAUAUUUCUUUGCUCGCUUCCUUAAGUGACAACUGAGGAAAGAAAAUGGUAGUGUCACACAGUAUGAAUUAUGGUGUAAAAAAAGCAAAAAAUAUAAGUGUAAUAUUUAAUUAUUUUAUAAGCUUUGUAAUAAAGUACUCUAACUGUUUCAUUAUAUUUGGAAUUGUAAAAUUCAUGAAUAAAAUACGGAGGUUAUA